CUGUUGACCAGAGAUCCAGUGAACCCAUUCCACAGGAGUUCUGAAGGCCACGGGUCACAUGACCUGGAAGAAAAAACCCAGGAGGCUUUUGGGAUCGCUCUAUGCAUGGGCUGGCUAUCAACCUGAAGGACGGUCAAAAGGCUGAUGAACUGAUCUGAGUCUGAGUGGGAGCACGGUGAUCUGGUGUCCUGCAUGCCCUGGGAACCCGACGCCCGGCACAAAUCAGGUGACUGGCUGGCUGGAAUAUCACUGCAGUCCAUCAUCCUCUGAGGGCAUUCAAGGGCAGAGGCAUUUCCACGUCCCCCAAGCAUGGAGAACAGCAAAGUCCAGUCAGAGGGUGGGCUGAAUGUCACCCUGACCAUCCGCCUCCUCAUGCACGGAAAGGAGGUGGGGAGUAUAAUCGGUAAGAAAGGAGAAACUGUUAAAAAGAUGCGCGAAGAGAGCGGAGCAAGAAUCAACAUUUCAGAAGGAAACUGUCCAGAGAGAAUCGUCACCAUCACUGGACCAACAGACACCAUUUUCAAGGCUUUUGCUAUGAUUGCCUAUAAAUUUGAGGAGGACAUAAUCAAUUCCAUGAGUAACAGUCCAGCCACCAGCAAGCCCCCUGUCACCUUAAGGCUUGUCGUACCAGCCAGUCAGUGUGGCUCUCUCAUCGGGAAGGGAGGCUCCAAAAUCAAAGAGAUGAGAGAGUCUACAGGGGCCCAGGUUCAGGUGGCUGGGGACAUGCUUCCUAACUCCACCGAGCGCGCCGUGACAAUCUCUGGAACCCCAGAAGCCAUCAUCCAGUGUGUUAAACAGAUCUGCGUGGUCAUGCUGGAGUCUCCACCAAAAGGUGCCACUAUCCCUUAUCGCCCAAAGCCGGCCUCCACCCCAGUCAUUUUUUCUGGUGGCCAGGCCUACACAAUUCAGGGACAGUAUGCCAUACCACACCCAGAUCAGUUGACCAAGCUCCACCAGCUGGCUAUGCAGCAAACCCCCUUUACCCCUCUUGGACAGACCACCCCUGCUUUCCCUGGUUUGGAUGCCAGUCCACCAGCCAGCACCCAUGAACUCACCAUUCCUAAUGAUCUAAUAGGCUGUAUUAUUGGACGCCAGGGAACCAAAAUAAAUGAGAUUCGACAGAUGUCUGGGGCGCAGAUCAAAAUUGCGAAUGCCAUGGAGGGCUCAUCAGAGCGGCAGAUAACCAUCACAGGGACCCCUGCUAACAUCAGCCUGGCUCAGUACCUCAUCAAUGCCAGGUUCAGGGACGUGGCCGCCAUGUGGAAUGACCCCUCGUCCAUGACUACAUCCUGAAGGCAGCCAAAAUCUGGCUCUAACAUUAGCACCUCCAUUCUUAAUACAUUGUUAGCUUGGAACUACAAAGUUCUUUGUUGCAACCUGUUUCCUGCAUAUUGAUGUAAAAAUACUUUGAUAUUUAGAAGAAAAAAAAAUGCUUAUCCUGCUGUUUAAUGUGGAUCAAGUUACAAAAAACAAUCAAGAGACCUUUGAUUAAAGACUUCAUAUAUUAGCUACGCAUCAGUUAGCCUUCACAGUUAGCUUAGCAUCAGGAACAUCUUAAAACAUGGACUGGUUUCUGUGACUUUAAACCAUUAUUUUUAAUAGAGUACUCCACUGCCUGUCCAGAAAAGUCACUUACUUUCAUAUUUCGUUUACCUGCCUGUAGCUUUGAUUACUGCAUGCAUUUACUGCGGCAUUGUUGUGAUCAGCUUCUGCAAUAAAUCAUUUAUUUCCCUCCAGAGUUGCGUUAGUUUCUCACCAAGAUCUUGUAGAGAUGAUGUGAGAAUCGGACCCCUCUGUUAACUCCUCUCCUGCUUAUCCUGAAGACCUUGAACGAGGUUAAGUCUGCUGUCUCUUGUGACCAAUCCAUGUGGAGACAUUUACGCGAUUACUGACCCUGAUCAUUCCCAAAUCUUUCCAACCAUAGUUCUUCAGUGAAGAUUGCCCAUCAUCCUUAUAGGUUUUAAUAUUGCAUCGGGCAUUUCUUAGCUUGGUUUUAGUAGAAUCAACAACCUCCAUAGAUGUUUUCUUUGCUUGGUUUAUGCCAACUGCUGGAGCUUUCUGAACAAAACUAUCAUCGUUUUCGCAACCCGGAGAAGAUGUGUACGGAGGACCAACUCUGACAUAAUUAAAAAUAAAUAUAGAAAUAAUAAAUACAUGUUCAAUAAAUAUGCAUAUAAUAAAUGCACAAAAAUCCAGCAGUUAAAUUUUACAAUGAGACAUAAAUAUAAAUAUAUCUUAAUUUGCUUCUUCAUAUAUUCCUCUUUAAUAAUCAUCGUGUUUAUUUAUUUUUCAUUAUAAUAGUAAUUUUUUUAUUAAUUAAUUAGUUUUCAAAUAUAUCUAUUUCUGUGUAUGUUUUAUUAUUUUUGUGUUUUAUUCUUCCUUUCUAUAUUGUUAUCCCCAUUUUUUUCUUCGACCGUAAACAUUUAUGCCUGUCCUUUUUUCAUUUCUGUAUGUAUUUCAGCCUCGUUAUGCAAAUGAGCAGGGGGCGGGUCUUAAGGGAACAACUGCUCCCUAUUGGUUGGUUAGCAUCAGGCUUCCAUCGCUAGAAUCUACAUGUUGCUGCCAUCAAUGGCUGCCGCCGUCACAGAGGCGAUCCAGGUUAUCACUGAGAUGAGACCUUUAGCAACUUGAUUUGAAAACAACCUUGUAACUCCAGAUUUAAUUAUCUGUCGUAGGGACUGAACAUGUUUCAGUAACUGGCACACCUGAACGCUGACUAGAUCAUCCUCCUAGUUAUCGUCCAAUGGCUGCCUCUUUUCUUUUUUCUUUAUCAGACUAAAGUAGGAACUUGUUUUUGGAUAGCCAGUGCAUGACACUUGUGAAACACAAAAUGUUGCCAUGGACUUUUUUUUUCAUUUAAAAUGCUUAUGUUGUUUGUACUUUUGCUGAAACAUUAAUUUGAAAUCAAUGCAAAGCAGAUCAGGGUUUUUGUUUUUGUUUGUUUUUUAAGUCAACCAAUACAUUAGCAAGUAGCAUUUCUAGGGACUUCAAUUCUGUUGGUCUGUACUUUCAUAACUAAACUCACUAAUUGUAUCAUUGUAUGAGUAAAAUAAAUAAAUAAAUAAAAGAAGUAAAAAGUUAAAGAGAAGAGUUAGAAAACAACGGUGAUUUAAUGCUCUCAGAAUUAAGAGUGAUGUGAUGCUUCUGCCAGGAAACCCAACAGUUUUGUCCUUUUCCAACCACUGCAUGAACUCAUUAGGUUUUAAUUUAUCACAGAAAUAUGACGUCUACUUUGUUCAUACCAGCAGAUUCCAGAUUAUCAUCGCAGAAUAACUUUCACUCUUCAGCGAAAGUUUCUCUUUCACACUUUUUUAUUUCUGUCCCCCCACCAACCCGACCCCCACACCCAUCCUUCUCCCCCCCCCCCCCC